AUGGCUAAACCUAAAACAGAUGACGCAUCAGAGGAGGCCAAGAAAAUUGUGGAUGAUGCUAAAAAUUUUAUUGAGAAAGCUAUCGGAGACAUUGGAAAAACAUCUGCAACUAAACAACUUAUUUUAGGAACUGCAUCAGGAUGGAUUACUGGCUUUAUAACCAUGAAAAUCGGUAAAUUUGCUGCUGUUGGAAUUGGCGGAGGCGUUAUCCUAUUGCAUAUUGCUAGUCAAAAAGGGUACAUUGACAUUAAUUGGGAAAAAAUCAAUAAAAAAGUGGACAAAAUUAGCGACAAAAUCGAAAAGGAAGCAACUGGAAAGUCACCUGAUUGGUUUGAAAAAGUGGAAAGAUUUGUGGAUCGUAAAAUUGAUAAAGCUGAGGAAUUAUUAAAGAAAAAAGAAAAAAAGGCAAAGACUUGGUUCAACACCUUUACUGGAGAAGACCACUACCAAGCAACAGAAUCACACAUUUUCAUGGCAUCUUUUGUAGCCGGCUUAGCUCUUGGCCUCAUUUGUGGCAAA